UCACUCCCCUCCCCCUCUUCGUCCGCUUUCAAGCUUCUCUCCUCUGUAAUCCCGUUACCCCUUUUGCAGUCUCUCUCAAAGCCAUCGGAAAUUUGGGAUUUUGAAUGGUGGAAAAAGUUAUCCGAUGGGAGCUCAGAAGAGCGUCCAUGCUGGCAAAGCCAAGAUAGACUUCAAUGUUGAUUUCACGCACAGACUAUGUGCUGCUAUGAUGGUUCAUUCUUUCAGAAAUUCAGACAGGGGCAGUCCGCUUUCACUGAUUGUUGGGAGUCUUUGCAUAAAACACCCCAACUUAUUUGGAAAGAGUGAGAAGCUUGAUGUAUUGUGGGAUAAAGGGCUUUCAGAUUCCAAUAUAUUGAUUGCCUAUAGGAAGCCUAGGCCAGAAUGGCUUGCUCAACAUUCGUUUGUCAUUCAGCAUUCUGUCUCGCCUGAGAUUGGCAUACAUGGUGUGCCUGUUGACAACUUCUCCCGUACAGGAAGCGGUGGUGUCAACCUAUGCCGCUUCUCUGCCGGCCUAGAUCUAGAUGAGCCCGGAAGUUCCAACUGGAGCAGCAAAACGAGUAUAAAGUUUGAGCAUGUCCGUCCAGUCAAUGACGAUGGCCACUCAAUAACUAGAGAUAUUCAUGGAUUUACAGUGACUUCCAGCGGUAGUUGUCAUGAUAGUAUGGUAGUACUGAAACAGGAGUCCAGAUUCGCAAAGGCAAAUGAUCAUAGUUUCACACGGUUUAGUCUACAAAUAGAACAAGGGAUUCCUCUUAUGUCAAAGUGGUUAAUCUUCAAUCGGUUCAAGUUUGCCGCAUCAAAGGGAGUUAGAGCAGGUCCUGGAUUUCUCUUGGCUAGCAUUACAGGUGGUUCGAUAGUAGGUGAUAUAGCUCCUUACCAAGCAUUUGCAAUCGGGGGACUUGGUAGUGUUCGAGGAUAUGGGGAGGGUGCCGUUGGAUCUGGUAGAUCUUGUCUGGUUGCUAACACUGAGCUGACAUUCCCGAUGAAUCAGAUGCUUGAUGGUGCGCUCUUCUGUGAUGUUGGAAGUGAUUUGGGUUCAGGUCGAUAUGUUCCCGGAAACCCGGGUCUAAGAUAUGGUAAACCGGGAGCCGGAGCUGGUGUUGGAUGUGGAGUCCGGUUCAAGUUCCCUAUGGGCCACUUUCAAGUCGACUAUGCGCUCAAUGCCUAUCAACAGAGGACCAUCUAUUUUGGAUUCAGCAAUGUUGCUUCUUGAUUCAUUCACCCUUUUAUGCCUUUGGUUCAUUUGGAGGAUCAUUUAUGGUCAAAUCUUGGAAAAAUGGGUCAAAGUCAACAAAUUUUGUUUGGUCAAAAUCUUAUUAAUUUACUGUAAAUACCACAUUUAUUUAUUUAUUAUCAAGGGUAAAAUGCAACAAAAUGGUUUAAUACCUA